AUGGAUGUCCUCCUCGAUAGUCGCUUUGAGCGGGUGGAGAAAGCGUUAGCGACCUUGAUAACCUCAAUUUCGACCUACAAUCCGGCUCCUGCUCUUGCCAACGAUUUGGUUGCAGCAGAUGCAGAGCUCAGUGAAGGUCUUGAACAAUUAUCAACACAUCAAUCGAAUUAUGCGAGACUUUGUGCCCUCCGAGAAACAUCCAGCGCGCUUGACAACCAGAUCCGGGACACGCUCAUCCUUCUCACUACGACCCGACGAGAUCUUCUAGCAAUACCAGCGACAAACCUACCCACCGCUGUUAACCCGAUAUCCUACUCUGAGCUCCUCAGUUAUGCGCGCCGAAUAAGCAAGUACACUUUGCCCCCUACAUAUCGGGAGCCUAUGGCUGGGGAUGCCCCCGAGACGGGAAGCAACACGCCAAAGGAGCCCAAUUCGCAGACACAAACAAACGGCACAAAUACCCCAGUUGUCGCGACAAAUGGAGAAACACACAGCGUAAGGGAGGGAGAUGCUGGGCAAUCACAAGCUUCGCAGCAUCCGGGUGUCUCGAGCAAUUUGUCACGUUGGGAGCAAUACCUCAAUCAGCCAGCUGAUUUGCCGUUUGUGCCCUGGCCAACAGAAGAGGCGAUCAGGAAAGGUGCAUUGGCUAGUAUACAAAUACUGGUUGAUCAGGGGAUUGAUCCAGCAACAUUUGACCCUGAAAAGAGUGCGGAGCUAGAGGCUGAGAGGAAGAGGAUUACUGAGGCGGAUGAUGCUGUCAGGGAGCAGGAGAGAGUCGAAAGAGAGGAUGCGAGAAGGAGGGAGAUGGAGAGGAGAAUGAGUGGCAGCGGACCUGCUCCGGAAAGAAGAGAAGAGCAGCCCAAAGUCUUCCAGUUGGAGACCUUUGACGAUGAUGACUCUGACGGAUGA